AUGGUGUGUGCCGUCGAGUUGGCUACUUGCGUCGUCGGCGGUAGUGGUGGUGGCAGCGAAAUCGAGGUGGGGGGAAUGGUGAAGGGGUCGGACUCAUCUCGCCGGGCAAGUAUUAUAAGUAAGUGCACCCUCGACGGUAGUUCCACGAAGCGGUUCGCCAUUUCUUCGUCUCGUGCAAACACUUGGCAUAUCAUUACGGGUAUUAUCGCUGCGGAACAAAACGGACCGCCACCGCCGUUUAUGCUCACACCCCACACCCGGGACGGCGUAACAACGCACCACCGACCACCCACUGCACGUCUGCUGCACCGCCACCUCACGACCGCCAAAAACCCGAACGAUAUAACAUCCGCCAUCAUCGGAAUAUCCGAUCCAUAA